AUGUGCGGCGCUGAUGACGUUAUCUUCUUCGUAGUCCUCUUCCUUAUCGCGUCGACCAUAUGGUUCUCGGAAGUCCGGACGUUGUUUUCAGGCCAAAAGCACGCAUGUGGAAAGCCAUUGACAGUUGAAGAAAGAGCUGUAAAGAUCCUGCAGGAAAACCCACUUAUUGAUGGCCAUAAUGACCUUAUGAUCUUCAUUCGAGGCACAUACAAGAAUCACAUCUACAACGAGUCCGGCAGCGACUUUGCAGACAAGUUCGAGAAUGGCGGACUAGCGCAACACGUCGAUAUCCCUCGCCUUCAAAAGGGGCUACAAGGCGGUGCAUUCUGGAGCGCAUUUUGGCUCUGCCCACUGGGUGAUCAGACGAACUUUGCGGAUGACAGAUACUAUGACAUCGUCAAGGCAACGCUGGGUCAACUGGAUCUGUUUAACCGCCUAGGCCAAAACUACCCAAAGUACUUCACUCCAUCUAGGAACAGCGCAGAGGCUAUCAAAGCUUUCGAAAGCGGCAAUUUCAUUGCCCCAGCAGCUAUUGAAGGCCUGCACCAGAUCGGCAACUCAGUCUCUACAUUACGACUCUACUAUCAGCUUGGAGUCAGAUAUGCGACUUUGACAUGGAACUGCCACAACAAAUAUGCCGAUGCAGCAAUUGAGACUGGCUCCGACUUCAGCGCGCAUAUCGCGAAACCGUACUGGAAGGGUCUUAGCCCAGCUGGUCGCGACCUCGUAAAAGAGAUGAAUCGCCUGGGAAUGCUGGUGGAUCUUGCGCACGUGAGUCAAGAUACUAUGCGCGAUGUCCUUGUAGGCCGAGGCGACGGGAAUUGGACUGGUAGCAUCGCACCCCCAAUCUUUAGUCACAGCUCUGCACACGCAAUCUGUCCACAUCCUCGAAACGUCCCGGAUGACAUACUUCAGCUCGUGAAGCAGCGCAAUUCUGUUGUCAUGGUCAAUUUCAACCCAGACUUCGUGUCCUGUAAAGCUUCUGGGACACCGAACUCAUUCCCAGAGUUUGUUCCAGAGAACAAUACCUUGGCGCAUGUGGUGCGCCACAUUAGGCACAUUGGAGAAUUGAUUGGCUAUGAUCACGUUGGCAUCGGCACAGAUUACGACGGCAUUGAAAAGACACCGAAGGGAUUAGAAGAUGUAUCCAAGUUCCCCGAUCUCAUCGCCGAACUGUUGAGACAAGGAAUCAGCGAUGAGGAUGCUGCAAAGAUUGCAGGAGGCAACCUGCUUCGGGUCUGGGGUGAGGCUGAUAAAGUAGCAAAGGAAUUGCAGAAGACGACGCUGCCGUUGGAGGACGAUGUGCAGAAUCAGUGGGCAUAUCAGCAGAUGUUUUGA